AUGUGGGAUGCGGAACGCGACGCUCACUUGAUGUAUAGUGGCAAGGAGCCCGUGGAGGGUGUCUACGAGAACGAUAAGCCCGUUCAUCCGUUCGCUUUUUACUUGCUCUUUCAAUCGAUUGCCUCAUUGGCUUGUGGCGUUCUCUAUAUGCUACAUGCAACCAUUUUAAUUGAUAUCAAGAUCACUGCUGCCCACCAGGGAUUGACAGAGGGCUCAAAUUCGGUGUUUGUGCCCAUUGAUAUCUACGUCCUGGGCGAUUACGUUCAGAGCAGAUUUGAGAAUUACGAAUGGUUUCAUAACUUUUGCUCAGAUGAACGCAUUGAUAUCUAG